AUGGAUCCAUGGCUCCCAGGGUCCCACUCCUCAAGCCAAGAGUCGGACCCUGCAGGUUUAGAUUUCAACCCUGCUGCCCAAGAUUAUUUCUCUGCAGGCCACAAGUAUGACUCUCUCUACCAAGAAUUGGACCUGGACUCUAUUCAUGAAGAUCUUCAUUUCCAGUCCAUACCAGGAACCAUGACAGACACCAUGACAGAGUCCCACCCAGCUGCUGAACUAGAGGAUCUCACAGAGACUGAACGAAAGGAGCUCUAAUCCAAGCUCACUAAAUUGGAGGGGGAAAUUGUAAUCCUAUGCCAUUACCUGGCAGCAAAAGAAAAACGUUGCAUGGAGCUCAAGAAAAAGCUGGGCCUCAGAGCCUUGGAGGGGCUGAGGCAGAAUCUGUCCAAAAGCUGUCAUGAUGUUCAAAUCAUCAAUGUCUACAUGAAACAAAAGACAUCAGCUGCCCUGUCCACCAUGGGCUCUGCCAUCUGCAGGAAGCUUGGAGACAUGAAGAAAUCAGCCACAUUCAGAUCCUUUAAAGGUCUGAUGCGGACAAAAUCCAGAGUUGGCAAACAGAUUGGCAGUGACUGCCUUCCUUCUUUGGCUGAGAAUGGGGAUGAUUUGUUCUCUUCAGGGAUGAAAGAUGAUCCACUGCCUUUCCAGGAGAGUGGAGAUAAUCUAGUUGCAAGCAGUGGGCAUGACCUGCUUCCCUUUCUGGAGCUGGAAUGA